CUUUUUUUUUUAUAACUUGGCCAUCGCUUAUCCAGCCCAACGUUUUCUUUUUUAGCACAGCCCUUUUUUGCGAUCUAAGCCUGUCACGUCAAUACCCUUACUCUCCUCUCCACGCUCACCCCCCUCUCUCUCUAUCCUCUCAUACAUUUAACAUACAAACAUGCAAUCAGACGAAGUAAUUUGGCAGGUUAUUAACCAGCACUUUUGUUCAUAUAAAGUCAAAACACCUCGACAGAACUUUUGUCGUAAUGAAUAUAACGUCACUGGUCUGUGCAAUCGUCAAUCGUGUCCACUUGCAAACAGUCGAUAUGCUACGAUCCGAGAACACAAUGGUAUCCUGUAUCUUUAUAUGAAAACUCCUGAACGAGCCCAUUCGCCAGCGAAAAUGUGGGAAAAAGUAAAAUUAUCAAAGAACUAUGCACAAGCACUUGCACAGAUUGACAAAGAACUGUUAUACUGGCCAAAUUUCUUGCAACACAAAUGCAAGCAGCGUCUUACGAAGAUAACGCAAUAUUUGAUCCGAAUGAGAAAGCUGAAACUCAAGGAAGACGAACGGCCACAGUUGAUUGGUAUCAAAAAGAAACUCGAGCGUCGUGAAGCAAACCGUGAACGCAAGGCAGAAGCAGCAGCGAGACUCGAAAAAUCGAUUGAGAAGGAAUUGAUUGAACGCUUAAAGAACAAGGCCUAUGGUGAUGCACCAUUGAACGUCAAAGAUGAUGUCUGGCAAAAGAUCCUGGAUCAGGAUCUCGAGGGCGCCGUGGAUGAAGAGAGUGAAGAAGAGGAUGAGAACGAGCUGGAGGAGGAGGAUGAAGAGGAGGCCGAGCACGAGUUUGUCUCUGAUUUGGAGGACGAAUCCGACAUUGAAGACGUCGAGAAUGGCUUUGAGUGGGAGGUCGAAGAAGAAGAUGAAGACGAAGAGGAGCAAGAGGAAGAAACUGAAAAGCAGCCCAAGAGGAAACGAGCACGCGUUGAGGUGGAGUAUGAAGAGGAACAUGAUAAUGCAUUGCAAGUUUGAUCAUUGUACCUUUGUUUGUGUUGUAAUCUUUCCGUUUGUUCUUUUCCACGCCACUCUUUUCUUUCUAUCUUCCUGUCAUAUUUUACAUAUAAAAGCAAAUACCACUCAAAGUCAUUUACAU